AUGGAGGAAAUAGGUAUUAUUUUGCCAGACAAGGAAGAAGUACUUUGUCAAGAUGUUAAGCCUGCUUGGGGAAAUAAUGCUAUUGGAGGUGGAGAUGAAUUUGAUCAGGAAGAUUUAUACACAAAAUAUAAGAAAUUGCAAAGGCAGUUAGAAUUUUUAGCUGUUCAAGAAGAAUAUAUAAAAGAUGAACAGAGAAAUUUGAAAAAAGAAUAUUUACAUGCUCAAGAAGAGGUGAAAAGAAUUCAAUCAGUACCUCUUGUUAUUGGGCAAUUUUUAGAAGCAGUUGAUCAAAAUACAGGCAUUGUCGGAAGUACUACAGGUUCUAAUUAUUAUGUUAGAAUUUUGUCAACAAUCGAUAGAGAACUUUUGAAACCUAGUGCAAGUGUGGCUUUACACAAACAUAGUAAUGCUUUAGUUGAUGUUUUACCACCUGAAGCUGAUUCCUCCAUAUCAAUGUUACAAGCAGAUGAGAAACCAGAUGUUCAGUAUUCAGACAUUGGAGGCAUGGAUAUGCAGAAACAAGAAAUUAGGGAAGCCGUUGAAUUACCCUUAACUCAUUUUGAAUUAUACAAACAAAUUGGAAUUGAUCCACCUAGAGGUGUAUUAAUGUAUGGACCUCCAGGAUGUGGGAAAACUAUGUUGGCUAAAGCAGUGGCUCAUCAUACAACAGCUGCAUUUAUUAGAGUCGUAGGAUCAGAAUUUGUCCAAAAAUAUUUAGGUGAAGGGCCCAGAAUGGUGAGAGAUGUUUUUAGGUUGGCCAAAGAAAACAGCCCCGCUAUUAUAUUUAUCGAUGAAAUAGAUUCGAUCGCAACUAAACGUUUUGACGCUCAAACUGGUGCCGAUCGAGAAGUUCAAAGAAUUUUACUAGAACUUUUAAAUCAAAUGGAUGGUUUCGAUCAAACAACAAAUGUUAAGGUGAUAAUGGCAACUAACAGAGCCGACACUUUAGACCCGGCACUCCUUCGUCCUGGUCGAUUAGACCGAAAAAUAGAAUUUCCCAUGCCCGAUAGACGUCAAAAACGACUCAUUUUUUCAACAAUAACGGCAAAAAUGAAUCUAAGUGAGGAAGUUGAUUUGGAAGAUUUUGUCGCCAGACCCGAUAGAAUAUCGGGAGCGGACAUUAACGCAAUUUGUCAAGAGGCUGGCAUGCACGCAGUGAGAGAAAAUCGAUAUAUUGUAUUAGCUAAAGAUUUUGAAAAAGGAUAUAAAAAUAAUAUAAAAAAAGAAGAGUCGGAACAUGAAUUUUAUAAAUAA